AUGCAAUGUGUGUGGCAGACCCAUACAGAACAAGGUAAAAUAAGUGUCAGUUGUGUCAUAAUUUUAGGACUUAAUCUAUUUGCCUUAAAUAUUUGGUACUCAUCAUCUUUUUUACAAACAGAUUGUUUUCCCUUUGAUUCACACAUCCUACAUAUGGAUCACAGGAGACUUAGUUACUGAUUUGGAAUUUUUCUUUACAGAACUCUUUUUAAAAGGUUGACCAAGGGAGAAAUUGGAAAGGAACCAAUAUACUUAAGGCUGAGUGAUGUCAUUGAUUAACUUGUUUGCAUUUCUGUACCAGUCUGAUGUCAUUUUAAUAUUUUACUUCAUUAACAUAAAAUUUACCCAGAAAUAACCCAGUGCUCAACAGUAGUCGACUUUAAAAAAGUUGAAAGAGCACUUGAAUUAUAUACAGCUCCAUGCAUGUGAUAUUAAAUUCCUUCUAGAAAUUUCAGCCUUUAGAACAAAAAGGAAAAACUCUGUGUUCCACAAGUGUUAUCAGCCUACAUAUUGCUGACAAAAUUUAAACUUUUUCACAAUACAUACUAGUAUUAUUGAGCAUAGCUACAACAUUUGCUAAUAUUCAUAUGAGCCUGUAAUCAAUGCCUUGCCUUCUAGGUCUUCAGCGCUACACGAAAAAAUUCCGGGAAAAGAUACCAGUUGUUAAAGUCGACAGCCUCCCCUUUGACAUAAACGGAGAAGCUGUUUAUCAAGUCCCUUACCAGAAGGACAAGGGGAUGAAGGCUGUUGCUGAUGGGCGUCCUUGGGAUAGGCACAUGCCAAGGACGGCAAGGAGGAGCGGGAAAGGGCUCAGUACGCGCUCAGCCCUGUAA